AUGGAUGGUGAUCCAGCUGUCGAGUCACAGCUAGACGGCUUCAGUCUGGUGCUUCCGCUGCCGUAUCGUGUUGCUCUGAUCAUCGUUUUGGGUGUCUGGGCUUGGGGACUAAAUCUACACUAUCUGCACAUGAUCAAGAUUGACGUGCCAUCCCUGAUUCGCUAUCCCGCUCGUAAUUCCCCCACCGAACCACCACAUCACCUCUCGACCUACCGUCUCGCAACUAUCCUCACAAUCCCUCUCGCUCUCUCACUAUUCCUCUUCUGGGCCAUCACGCAUGGCAAUCCCGCCUCGGUCGCGAACUGGGAACUUCUACCAAAUCUAUACCUGAUCGUACUCGUACUGGCAUUUGUUCUGCCCAUCCAGCGCGUCUCACGCAGCGGUCGUUACCGGACUCUAGCUACCCUCAAGCGCAUCAGUAUCGGUGGUUUGGCCGAAGCUCACGAUGGAAAGUUUGGAGACGUUCUGAUGGCCGAUGUCUUGACAAGCUAUGCAAAAGUCAUGGGAGAUUUGUUCAUCGCUCUAUACAUGUUCUUCUCGUUGGGCAAGAGUUCAACAGAAAAGCCGGAUCGACAUGCAGGAGGUUCAUACUUGGUCCCAUUCAUCAUUGCCAUUCCUAGCAUGAUUCGCUUGAGGCAAUGCUUGAUAGAGUACUCCAGAGUCCGUAAGGCCAAUGCAAAGGCCGGAGGCAUUGGUGCUCAUGGGUGGGGUGGUCAGCACCUGGCCAACGCUCUCAAGUACUCGAGUGCCUUCCCAGUCAUCAUAUUGAGUGCCUUGAUGAGAGGAUACGACCCAGCCAAGAUCGGCAUGUCCGAAGCUGGCUUGUUCCGCCUAUGGCUGUUCUUCGUCUUUGUCAAUUCCUUCUACUCGUUCUACUGGGACGUCACAAAAGAUUGGGAUCUGUCCUUGUUCUCGUCGGCCAGAGAGAGAAACGACCCAGAGCAUCCGUGGGCUCUGCGUCGCAAUCGCUACUUCCAUGCCAAGGAGAUGUACUACGGUGCUAUCUGUAUGGACCUUAUGCUCCGCUGUACUUGGAGUUUCAAGCUCUCUCCACACUUGGACCACUUUAACGACUUAGAAGGUGGCAUCUUUGUCAUGGAAUUGCUUGAGGUUCUUCGACGCUGGAUCUGGAUCUUCUUCCGUGUUGAGACCGAGUGGGUGCGCAACACCCGUAGUCCUACGCCAGACGCCAUACUCCUCGGCGACUUUCCUUCCGACGGAAUAGAUGAGGAUUGA